UGGAGAUUUCGCGAUGGCCGGCUCCGGGACCGAGCGGCCGCCGCCGCACCAGGGCAGCAACCAGGGCCUCAGCCAGCACCGCCGCAGGCAUCCCCCGCCCCACGAAGUCCCCGGGACCCGCCCGCCAGAGUUAGACCCAACUUCGCCGCUUUUCCUUCCUCCGCACACCCCGCCCGUCCCCUGCUCCGACGAGCACCGCACCCGCAUCUGAAGGCAGGGCGCGACCGGCAUCGCCCCCGGCCCCGAGGGGCGGGCGGGGGAAGGAGGGGUCGUCUGAGCCCCAUCGGCGGGGGCAGUAGGGCGGGAUGUGCGGAGCCGGCUUGGUGCCUCCCCCUCCCCGCCCGCCGACGGGGCCUGCGGCGGUGCCACCGAGCCGGCUGCCGGGGAGGGGGGCGAUGGCCGUCCCCAACCCCACCGCGUCAGGUUCCCCGUGCACCUGGGGGCAGCCGCCAGUAAGAACAGCGGGGGGACGGCGGCGGCGGGGAGGCGCCGGGCUGUCCCCUCCGACCCAGCCAGGAGCCCCCCAGAAAGCGGCCGCCUCUCCGCCGUCGGCAGGAGGGGCUGCGGCCGGGGAGAGGAAAAGCUGCUUCGGGACGAGCUGUCACCUGCAGUUCUUCAGCGUGGCGCCCCAAGACAGCCCCAGCCCUACUUCACGAACGAGCAGAAAAUUAUUCCCGCAUCAGCUUCCUCCUGGGAAGUGGCACGGGGAGCACCCGUAUAAACGCCAGACCGAGCGAGCCAAGCACAAAAUCAGAAAUUCUCCGAUAUGUCCAAUAAAGUUGGUCUUAUUAAUACGGUGAAUAAAUGUGAAAUGUUCUUUGUGGUAUGACUUCUCCUUAUAUAUGCCUGUGACAGUGACUUUAAGAAUUAGUAAUCGGGCAGUGGAUUCAAGAUUCCAGGCGAUUAAAAGCUUUGCUCUUGUGUAUAACACACACAUACAUUUAUAAUUAAGGAUUCAUUUUAAGUGAAGCUCGGUAAAUGCUGCAAAGCAGAAGACUUUGCCACUCCAGCUUAUUUGCAAAUAAAGGUCCCGGUUCCUAACACUUAAAGUACUGAAGGCAAAAUUUGCUAAUUACGCAUCAAACACACGAAACCCCAAACUGUCAGAUUCGUAGCAUGCCAGCAUGUAUGCAGUCGCUAGCAUGCCUCCCGUGUGCACAUUUACUAAACGCAGCUUGCUAGCAGAGCUCGCUAUACGAUAAAUCGUUCGAGUUUGAAAUUAAUAGAUACUUAUAGUGGCGCCUCAAAAAGCAGCUGAGCAUCCACUCUUCACAAUAUAUCGGAGUGCUAUUCGGAAUAUAAAAACAAAGCUAAGAACUGGCAGAUGAGAUUUACCGUUCAUAUCUGCUGUAUUUCUGGAGGAAACGUGAAAAAGACCUGACAAAUAAGUUUAGCGAUUGAUUCUCCCUUGCGAGGUACAAACACAAAAAGCCAGGCAGAAGCAAUGCCGAAAUGCAUUAAGCCUCAAAAUCGAUUAGAGCCCGUCAGAAGAUCUUUUAGAACAAUACAAAUCGAGGACUUUUGCGUGAUACUUUAUUCCAAAGGACACUAAAUUUGCCGUGAAUCUGCUGCCUUCU